AUGUUAUAUGAAUUCAAUGUAACUGGAUUCGAUUGUCAUCUUCCAAUACCGUACAGUUCUACAGUACCGGUAACAGUUUAUGUAAAAGCAAUAUGUGUAUCACAAUGGAACGGUAUCCCUAAAGAAAUUGAGUAUUCUGCAUUAUCAAAUCCAUAUCCAUUUGCAUCGAAUGCAAAAUUUUUAAUUUGUCCACAAAAAAAUAAUAAUUUUACUUAUCUUAUUCAUCCUGAUAAUGAUGAUACAUUUAAUGAUAAUUCUAAUGAUUUAAAUGAAGUAAUCACUGAAUAUGAUUAUUGUCCAAUAGAACAAGUAACAUUACGUAUGAAAAUUUUAUGGAGUAAAGAAGAUAUUAUUAUAAAUGAUGAUCAAACUAUUCAACCAUCUUCAUCAUUAUCGGCAACAACAACAACAACAACAAUAGAAUCUUCUUCUUCAGAAUGUGAUUUAGAUUAUUAUUCAUUGAUGGCUAAUCGUAAAAUAUGCAUCGAUUCUUCUCAAAGUAAAACUGUCGAUCUAUUACCAGAUAUUGAUGAACAACAAAAAUUCAAUCAAAAUAAUCAUAUAAAUUUACCAAUUAUUGAAACAAUUGAAGGAUUAAAUGAAUUACCUAAAAUCAAUAAAAAAGGUUAUCCAUCUGGUAUUUAUUAUUUUAAUGGUUCAAUGCAUUUUGAUUUAAACAAAUUUAAUAAAUUUCAUAAAUUACAACGAUUUGAUAAUCAAUUAUUUACAAUAAAUUUUUGGAUGAAACAUUCACCAAUAUUUAAUAAACAAUAUCAUGAAAAGAAUUUAUUAAAUAAUCGAGAGAAUAUUUUAUGCAGUUCCGAUGAAUAUGAAAAGAAUCGGCAUCACUUUGCUGUGUUUCUGCAUAAUUGUAAACUGGUUGUAUUGAUACGUCGUGAACCAACCAAUGAAUCCACCCUAUAUUCUGAUUCGUCUCAGUUACUUCCAUCUCAAUGGCGUUUCGAUGUCGACGAAGUAUGUGAUUCGAAUUGGCACCAUUAUUCGUUGACCUAUCGUCCACCAGAAACGACACUUGUAAAUGGACAAAAGACACUUGUAUCCAAGUCAGAAAGUGAUAUUGAAGUCAGUAUAUUGUGUUCGUUUUUCCUCGAGUAUUCCUUUCAUUUUGGUUGA